AGGAGUAGAGGCGUUCCGGCGACUCGGAUGGAAAGCUCUUGUAGCGUUUGUUUUCAGCAUCAAAGACGAUCUCGUGUGAUAAAAUUAAAGGAACCCUCUGAGCAUGUGUAGCGAGCUAAUCCUUCUUAGUUUAGUAGCCACCAGUAGCCAUAACAGGAGACGCCCUCCCAUCCCCUCGCCUUGUCGGGGAGCCUCCUGGUGUGACUAACCACCUGUUGCACUUGAAAGCAGUUCCAGUUGCGUUGGCGUUUUAGUGACGGAAGGUGUCCAAUUGCUACUCGGGGGCUUCACUGCUGUCAGAGCCUGGAGUUUCUGUGAAGAACUUCUCCAGUUUAUCUACAGCCAUGGCAGCUAAGGAGUUUAUCACUUCUAAAGAAAUCAUUUCAGCCCCAUCUGUCACUGUGACUAAUACUGGGAUCUGUGAAGAACUGAGUAGAUCUUUUCCCUGGACAAAUAAGAAAAGGAAGAGUUGGCUUUCAAGGCUGUGUAGGAAGAAAACAUCUUUGUCAGAAAAUGGAUGGAAUUCCUAUUGCUUAUCUUCAUUAGCUGCCCGGAAUAUCUGUACCACCAAACUUCAUAGCUCUUGGGAUCAUUUGGAAACUACUUCCCUUUGUUGUUCAAUAUGUAGCACCUCUUCUUGUUCUCUCUUAAAUGCCCUGGCUUUGGGAGAAUCCAUUCAGGCACUGCCAAGUAGUAUCCGUAACCCAAACAAAGCCAUCUUCACUGUCGAUGUCAGAACAACCGAGAUUCUAGUUGCAAAUGAUAAAGCCUGCAAGAUUCUUGGAUAUAAUACUCAGGAAAUGAUUGGCCAAAAAUUAUCUGAAAUGAUUUCCAAAUCCAACUGGGACAUUAUGGAAGCUCUGAAAGAAGAACAUACUGAUAUUGAAGAACAUGGACCAGUAGUUCCUGGAACAGUGGUAGAUGUUAUUUCCCAAAAUAAUGAAAAGAUCCCUGUCUCUAUAUGGACAAGAAAAAUUAAAACCCAUUGCAGUCAGUACUGUGUUGUUGUUUUGGAGCCUGUGGAAAGACUCUCUGCUUCUGUUUUCUUCAAAAGUAAUGGAGAGAUUACGUCUUGUGACCCCCUUUUUGCUCACCUUCAUGGAUAUUCAUCAUCAGAAGAUGUGGUUGGUCACUACAUAAAAGAUUUGAUUCCUUCUAUCCAACUUCCUGCACCUGGGAAAAAAAUUCCAAAGAGUAUCAAAAUUCAGAGAUCUGUUGGCCGAGCAAGGGAAGGAACAACAUUCCCUCUCAGCUUGAAACUGAAAGUAAAUCUCCCUGUUGAUGAAGUUAUCUCAGUAUCAGAUGACCCUCUACCAGCCAUGGAUGCUGAAGCUUUGGAAAAUAGCACAUCUUUACCAAGAGAUGGUUGCUUCUGUGCUACCAUCUGGGUGUUCACCACUAUCAGUGGACUGGUAACCAUUCAGGCAGAUGGCACAAUUUAUGGAAUUAACAAUACGUUUUCCCUAAUGCUAUUUGGUUAUGAGAAGAAAGAACUAUUAGGCAAGAAUAUCACAUUCUUGAUUCCCGGUUUUUACAAGAACAUGGAUAAGACUGAUUCCUCUUUGCAACUCUCACAAUCUAGAGAAAGUUGUGUGAAUGCAGAAAACAUGAAUUCCUCUGAUAAUUUUGAAGGAAUGCAGAGGGAUGGCUGUGCUAUCAGGAAAGUCACCAGCUCAUUCUUUGUUGGAGACAUGGCUUUGAAGGAUCUGAAGGAACAACAGGAAUUAGGGAGGGAUGGAGCAUUGCUCCCAGCUAAGAAGGAAACCCAGCUGGAAAGUCUGGGAAAUGUGUCCUGUGCUCUACUGUCUCCCUCAGAGGUAUCUAUGUCACUAAAUAGCAGAAACCAUAUGCCUAACAAUAAUGCGCUAGCUACUAAUAAAGCCCUAUCUUCUGAGAGUCUACAUUAUGAAGAUGGCAUUGAAAAAGAGACUAGAAAAUCUACCACCUGUCAACAGUAUGAACUAUUUUCUCUAAAACAGUUUCAUUCAGAAUCAAAUGUAUUAGAAGAUAGAACUAAACUAAAUAGUCAUCUUUCCAGAAGUACUUGUGACCUAAUUCAGGAAGAAAAUGACAAUUUGGAUAUACACAAUUCUACUUCACCACAAGAAAUUAUGCAGUACCAGCCUUCCACUAUAAGUAGGGAAAGGAAAGAUUUUCUCCUAGGCAGUGAGAUAUUUGAUAAAAGUUUAUUAAAAGCUGAAUUACAACUUGAGGAAAAUGUGCCUUGUGAAGCUGUGAAUGGGUCAUUUGGAACUCCAACUCUGGAUGAGCCAAUGGACGACAUAGCAUCUAACCCAAGGCAAAGGCAUGAAAUUCCACAUAGAACUCUGUUGAGUAGUACCAUUGACUUAACUUUUGAGAAUAAUUCCUUAGAAAGUUCAACUAAUGAUUCUUCAGCUUUUCUGCCUGCAAAACAGAGCAAUAGUCUUCCUACACAUGCAGGAUCAUCAAAACUUUAUGAUGCCUCUGUAAUUAUGGGAGGUGAGAAAGUGGGUGGUAAGGUCAAUUCUGUUUGUUGUGGACUGAUGAACCUGAGGAUUAAUGAAGAGGUGAGAUCUGAUUCAUCUGCUUCCUUUGAACCAGUAAAACUUCCCUUGUUAGAUGCAGAAGAUUUUGUCCAGUCCCUGGACCAGGCAGAUAAUAUUGCAAGUGAUCAAUUGGAGCUUCUGUUGAAUGGUAGCUCUCCAGAAGGCAGUCAGAAGAACUUGUUCUCUAAUAAACCUUCUGAGUACUUUGACAGUGAUUUCUCUAUAUUUUGUACUUCACAAUUUGAAAGUACUGCACAGACUUUGAGGGAUCUUAAAAAUAAUGUUCAGUCUCAAGAAGACUUUUUGACAUUAAAGCAGCAGCACAUGACACAGGUAACAUCAACUCCUGUAAAACUAGAAAAUGUGCUAUCUCCAGCAACUGUUUUGAGUACUGAGAUACUGGAAGGCAGCUAUUCUGGUAAUUGCUACCACCGAGAUGGUUCCCGACUCAGCAUACUCUUUGAAGUGAAGCGUGUGGAAUUGCAUGAUCCUGCUGCUCUUUUUUGUAUUUGGGUUAUGAGAGACCUCUUCCAAAGCCAGAAACAAGCAGCAGCAAAGACACAAUUACUUCUUUCUAGCUUGGCCGGUUCCUGCCAAACCCUAGAUGACGUCUCAGCCAUUAGUUUGGCAGAAUUAAUCAAAACUACACCCUUAUUUGAGAAUUCACGGAGAGCUGAAGAAUUAGAAAGACUGAAAGCUUGUGAGGGAGGCUAUGGAAAGAAAUACGAUACUGUCACUUUCAUUGGGAAAGGAGCUUUUGGGUUUGUCUGGACAGCAAAGAGUAAAAUGGAUCAUAAAGAGGUUGUAGUGAAGUUCAUUUGGAAAGGAAGGGUAUUAGACUACUGCUGGGUAGAAGAUCCUGAGCUAGGGACAAUUACUCAGGAGAUUGCUAUUCUGAGAAAACUUCAGCAUCCCAAUAUUAUCAAGGUGCUAGAUAUAUUUGAAAACCAGCAGUUCUUUCAGCUAGUGAUGGAGAAGCAUGGGACUGGUCUAGAUCUCUUCACAUUCAUUGAUAAUCAACCUGAUUUGGAUGAGCCUUUGGCAAGUUACAUAUUCCGACAGCUCGUAUCUGCAGUGAACUAUCUUCGCUGCAGGAGCAUUCUUCACAGAGACAUAAAAGAUGAGAACAUCAUAAUUGCUGAAGAUUUCACUAUCAAGCUAAUAGACUUUGGCUCAGCUGCUUAUCUGGAACCUGGCAAAAUGUUCUAUACUUUUUGUGGGACAAUUGAGUAUUGCUCUCCAGAAGUGCUGUCAGGAAAUCCAUAUUCAGGACCAGAACUGGAAAUGUGGUCACUAGGUAUCACCCUUUAUACUAUAGUCUUUGGAGAAAAUCCUUUUUGUGAGCUUGAAGAAACAAUGGAUGCUGUAUUGCGACCUCCUUACAAUGUGUCAGUUGAUCUGAUGUGCCUCCUGUCUGGGCUUCUGAAGCCUUUUCCACAGGAUCGGGCAACUCUAGAAAUGGUCAUGGGGGAUCCUUGGGUGACCCAACCUGUAAACUUGAUGAACUAUGCAUGGGAGAAAGUAUUUACUUGUGGCAAACCAGAAAACAACAGUUUCAAAAUUCACUCCAUUGGCUGGAGUCAUGGUGGUACCUGGGCAAUCCCAAGCCUGGAGUGUGAGCAGAGUUUUAAUGAUGAGGUUAAUAAUCAUGAGCCAGCAAAUUCCCAGCCUGCUGGAAUUAUCUCUUCUGCAGAACAAGAGCCAUCAACCUCUUCCCAGUGCCAGAAUCACUGA